AUGGAAGAAAGGGAUUUAAGGAAGUUACUUCAGACUAAGAACGGGUGUAGAGUUCCGGUGAUGCCGCCGGUACCGGAUAUUCACAUGAUGGACAAACUGCCUUUCACACCUUUGCCGCCAUACAAUAGAAUCAAGGAUAAGCAGGCUAAGUUUCGGAAGAUUUUAGAAGAGAAAGCUACUAAAAGGAAAGUGGAAAUAGCACGACCCCUUCUCGAACUGUACGAACGUGAUCGCCUUGUCGAGUCUCAAUCGAAACACAUCGGUAUCCUGCGAGAAUGCGCCGAGAAAAUUAAAGCACCCCCAAUGCUAAAAUCUUGGGAGCGAAAAAUUCGUAAUCUGAUUCCGGCGAACCUUCGACAGUCCUUUCCGACGCUCGUGGAAGAGCUCAUGAAUGAGAGCAAAGACGAGUGGGAUCGUAACCUCCACGAUCUGGCUGUGAAAACGGUAAUUCGAGAAGUGCCAGGGGUGCCACGUAAAAGAUAUGAAGAACCACAUUUCAAAUUUAAAGGAGUCACAUCGAAUUAUGGAAAAUUGCUGAAGUACAGAAGGAAAUUACAAGACGGCUCCCUCUUGUUGCAUCCCUUUAUAAGAUUGAUUCUUGAAUCAUCCGAGAAAACGUUCCCGUUACACAUUAUCGACUUGGCGAAGUACAGAGCCAAAGGGCCCAUGAGCUUGGAUGAAUUUCGACUGAAAGUUUUGGACGAAAUAAAACGGGCCGAUUACUUGGUCUCGAGCACUUGGUACGGUAUACUUGUCCAGUGGCUGAAGAAUCCAAGGUGUCUCAAAGGUAUGAAGCCGCGGAAAGUGAACGAUUUUGUUAAAUGCGCCACUAAAAUGAUUUCCAUGCAGAUACAGGAGCUAAUGCGUCAAUCAAUAAACGCUAUAAUCGAUUUUUUAAAGGAUCCCGAAGCUAUACCUGUAUUGAGUCAACAAUUNUUAGAUUUCGACGGAGAAUUUAUUUAUGACCCGACCCUUGAGACUAUUUAUGAAGUUUUCCACAAUAUAGCAGAUGCCAUUUCUCAUAUAUCACAAAGACUCAUGCCUAUUGAACAAUAUCUAAAAAUACCUUACAAUUAUGACGCUUUGCCUGUCGUGUACAAUGAGUGGUUACAUAAAGACGGCCACGAAAGACUACAGCAACAAUUAAAUAUAGUAUUUAAACCUUUAAACCAAUACGUAGAAAAAUUACGACAGGAAUAUAAUAUGUUGUACGGAACACCAGCCAAAGAGGCUCUUGAGAAAUUUAUCAAUGAGACUGAGGCAUUUGAAGAGUUGCGAAAUAAAAUCAAAUACUACCAAGACAUAGAUUCAAAUAUUACAGCCGUUCUGGAAAAUGAAUAUUUUAAUUGUGCUGUUGUGUGUCAACUAAGGAUGGUUGACGGCUUGAAGUCCAGAGCCCUCGAAUUUGUUAAUGACAUCAUCGCCGGUAUCGUCAAAGGACACAUGGCGGAAAAUGAAAGCAUUUGUUCAGAGUUCGAAAUUAUAGCAGCUAAAGCCCUUAAAGAACCUGAAAACGCUACUGAAUUAAUAGAGCAAGGCGUUUAUAUAUUACACGCAAAAACAGUUUUAGUUGAGGCAUUAAAGGAAAGAAUACUAGUUCAAAUUAACAUCAUAUCAAAUCUAUUAGAGAUGACUUCACUUUCUUCGGACCAUGUAAAAUCAAACACACGAACUGUAAAUUGGCUCAAAGAUAUUAAACCAAUCUUCGAAAAAAAUGCUGCGGCCUAUGAAACCUUCAAAGCUGACAUGGAGGAAAGUCUAUUGGGCAAGAUUGCCUAUUUGAACAAAGAAGUCACGGACAUGACGCCCUAUCUCGAGUUACUUGAUAACAUGGAUGAUGUGAACCACACGCUUGAAUAUUUGGAAUAUUUAAGGAAACUCGUUCAUCGCUUGCACGAUUGCGAUAAACUUGUGACAUGGAUAAAUAAUGAAGAAACCACUUUUAAAUUUCCAGUAACAAAUUACCCCGAGCUGGAGGAGCUGAAAGAGUUCAUAAUACCUUUUUAUAGCCUUGUUUAUUUGGUACAUAGAUGGAAACGCAGUUAUUACACUUGGAUGGAUGGGCCUUUUGAGUAUCUUGAUCACAAUCAGAUUGAACAAGAUCAUGACUUUUACUAUAAAGAGUUUCUGAAAAUAUCAAAAAACUACAGAAACAAGAUAAAGCAGCAAAUAGCUGAGGGCGUCGAGAAGAGGUUCCAGGGACUCGUUGAUGAUCCAGAUGUUAAUAAUCUACCUGCACCAAUGAAGUUAUGUGCUCAAGCUGUCGCAGAGAUAAAGGAUUGGAGACCCAAUGUCCAAAUGGCACAUAUCAUGUGUAAUCCUGCUCUGGUGCAAAGACACUGGGACGAAAUGUCCACUAUCGCUGGUUUUGAUCUAACACCCACAGCUGGUACAUCACUCAGAAAGAUUAUAAAUUUCAACUUAUGGGGGGAUUUAGAUCAAUAUGAAAUCAUAAGUGUUGCUGCGACGAAAGAAUUAGCACUCAUAACAAACUUGAACAAAAUGAUGGCAGAAUGGACUGAUAUUUGCUUCAAAACUAGUCCAUACAAAGACAGUGGCAUAUUUAUUUUGUCUGGACUUGAUGAUAUACAAAGUGUCUUAGAUGAUCACAUUGUGAAAACCGUUGGAAUGCGAGGAUCAGCAUUUGUAAAACCAUUCGAAGCUCAAGUAAGAACAUGGUACGAAAAAAUAGUUCGUGUUAACGCAACUAUUGAUGAAUGGGGAAAAGUUCAGAGCCAGUGGCUCUAUUUACUACCUAUAUUUUCCUCCAAAGACAUAGUUGCCCAAAUGCCCGAAGAAGGUGUAAUGUUCGUUGAAGUUAAUAAUAUAUAUCGUCGAUAUAUGGGAUCAGUAGAUAAAGAUCCACAUGUACUUGAAAUUGCUGGAGGUACUGGUAUUUUGGAAGCGUUCCGAGCUGCGACUGCGUUCUUAGAAAAAAUCAACGAUGGUGUCAAUAACUAUUUAGAGAAAAAGCGGUUAUAUUUUCCGAGAUUCUUUUUCUUAUCAAAUGACGAAAUGUUAGAAAUUUUGUCUGAAACUAAAAAUCCACUCAAAGUUCAACCACAUCUGAAAAAAUGUUUUGAAGGUAUAAAUAGAUUGGUCUUCGACGGAGAAUUCAAUAUAAGUGCAAUGAUAUCUAUGGAAGGUGAACAAGUUGAAUUUCUGGAUAUGAUCAGCGUUGCUGCUGCUAGAGGCUCAGUAGAAAAGUGGCUUGUUCAAGUUGAGGAACAAAUGCUUAAAGCUGUAAAAAGUGAAACAGAAAUUUCCUAUUAUGACUAUCCAAACAUGGGUCGAGUAGAAUGGGUUUUAUCUUGGGAAGGAAUGGUUGUGUUAGCCAUAUCUCAAAUUUAUUGGGCAGUUGAUGUCCACGAAAGUUUAAAUACUCACAAAUUAAGUGAGUUACAAGCAUUCCACUCUGAAUUGACUAAGCAAUUGAAUGAAACAGUUGCUGUUAUUCGUAGAACAGAUCUAACGAAAUUAAGCAGCAUUACAGUUAAAGCUUUAAUCGUAAUCGAUGUCCACGCCAAAGAUGUAAUAUCGGAUCUGAUAAAAAAAAAAGUUACCGAGGUAACCGACUUCCAGUGGCUUGCUCAGCUACGUUAUUAUUGGGAGGAAGAACGGGUUUUCGUAAAGAUAAUUAAUGCGGUCGUAGACUAUGCUUAUGAAUAUUUAGGUAACUCUGAUCGACUGGUCAUAACUCCGUUGACAGACAGAUGCUAUCGAACGCUGAUUGGCGCUUACUAUCUCCAUUUAAAUGGAGCUCCCGAAGGUCCAGCGGGUACCGGUAAAACGGAAACAACUAAAGACUUGGCCAAAGCUUUGGCAGUACAAUGCGUUGUUUUUAAUUGUUCUGACGGCUUAGACUACAAAGCAAUGGGAAAGUUCUUUAAAGGAUUAGCUUCCUGUGGAGCUUGGGUGUGUUUUGAUGAAUUCAAUCGUAUAGAAGUUGAAGUAUUGUCUGUUAUAGCUCAACAGAUUUUGUGCAUUGUUCAGGCUGUUAGACAACAUUUAGAGACAUUUGAUUUCGAAGGUACUACCCUCAAACUUAAUCCAGCAUGCUACGUUUGUAUAACAAUGAAUCCUGGUUAUGCCGGUCGGUCAGAGCUGCCUGACAAUCUUAAAGUGUUGUUCCGCACCGUAGCCAUGAUGGUUCCAGAUUACGCAAUGAUAGGUGAAAUAUCACUUUAUUCUUUUGGUUUUAUCGAUGCUAGAAGUUUGUCAAUUAAAAUAGUAACAACUUACCGUUUGUGUUCAGAACAGCUAUCAUCUCAAAACCAUUACGAUUACGGUAUGCGUGCAGUCAAAACAGUAUUGUCGGCGGCUGGUAAUUUAAAACGAAGCUUUCCAAACGAAAGUGAGAGUGUCCUACUAUUGAGGUCGAUAACAGAUGUGAAUUUGCCUAAAUUUUUAUCAUUUGAUGUCCCUUUAUUUGAAGGUAUAAUAUCAGACUUGUUCCCCGGUAUUUCUUUACCUAAGCCUGACUAUGAAAACUUUUUAAAUGCAUGUCAUGACGUUUGUGAAAACAAUAACCUACAACCAAUGGAAUGUUUUUUGAUAAAGGUAAUUCAAACAUAUGAAAUGAUGAUUGUAAGACAUGGUUUCAUGUUAGUGGGUGAUCCAUUCUCGGGUAAGUCUAUGACAUUAAAAGUACUCUCGGAGGCGUUGUCGUUAAUAUAUGAACGAAAUCAGCCCGAUGGCUGUGAAUGCACGUAUAAAGUUUUAAAUCCUAAGGCUGUAACGAUGGGCCAACUGUAUGGUGCAUUUGAUCCAAUAUCGUACGAAUGGACGGACGGAAUAGUGGCGACUAUGUUUCGAGAGUUUGCAUCUGAAGACACUCCGGUGCGGAAAUGGAUAGUAUUCGAUGGGCCAGUUGAUGCUGUGUGGAUCGAAAAUAUGAAUACAGUUUUAGAUGACAACAAGAAGUUGUGUUUGACGUCGGGUGAAGUAAUGGCAAUGUCGAACGUUAUGUCUAUGAUUUUUGAAGUUAUGGAUCUUUCGCAAGCGUCCCCUGCUACCGUAUCUAGAUGCGGUAUGAUAUACAUGGAAUCGACAUCGCUUGGUUUCAUGCCAUUUUAUAAGUCAUGGCUAAACACUUUGAAUCCUAUAUGGUUAGAAGAAAACGAAGAAUACAUCUAUGAUAUGUGCGAUUGGCUGUUUGAUCCGUUAGUGUAUUACGUCAGGAAGUUUUGCGGUCAGCUCGUUACGGCAGGCGAAGUAAAUUUAGUUAUAAGCACAUUGAGGUUAGUAGAGAUGUUAAUGGAUAACGCCAUCGAAGGCGAGGAAGACACAAAAUAUACUAGAACAUGGUUUCUAGCAUCUCUAAUGACUGCCAUUGUUUGGGGCUUAGGAGGGAUACUGAAUACAGACUCACGUGAAAAGUUUGACGAUAUAGUGAAAGAAUAUUUUAAAGGAGAAAAAGGGAUUCCAUCAAAAAUUGAAAGAAUAGACGUUUCAAUUCCUGCAGAAGGAAUGUUAAUCGAUCAUUUUUACAUGUAUAAGGGAAAAGGCUGUUGGAAAACAUGGCCGGAUGCUGUUAAGGCUGUACAAGUAAAGGAGCAGAUCAAUCUUCUUCAAACUGUAAUACCAACACUAGAAACUGAAAAAUUCAUGUAUUUACUGAACUUGCAUUCAAAAUACUUAAAGCCGCUGUUACUAAUAGGACCGACCGGAACUGGCAAAAGCUUUUAUGUACAAAACUUUUUAAUGAACAACUUGGAUAUGGAAAAGUACACACCUGGCUUUAUAACUUUCACAACAACUACUUCUGCAAAUCAAACACAAGACUUGGUUAUUUCAAAGUUGGUGAAAAGGAGGAAAAAUAAUUAUGGCCCUACUAGAGGGAAACACGCCAUAAUAUUUAUAGAUGAUAUGAACAUGCCCGCCAAAGAGGUUUAUGGUGCACAACCCGCUAUUGAAUUACUGCGAUUAUAUUUUGAUCAAAAACAUUGGUAUGAUCUUAAAACAACCGACAAGCUAUUCAUAUACGACACCAUAUUUUAUGGAGCUAUAGGUCCAGUGGGAGGAAGUCGCCAAUUGAUAUACCCUAGGAUGUUAAGACAUUUUAAUAUUUAUUCAAUAAACGAGUUCUCAAAGGAAAGUAUGACUAAAAUAUUCAUGUCCUUGUUACAACUGGGUUGGAGAAGGAAUGGGUUCGGUCAAGAUACUCAACCUUUUAUAGUAAAUAUUAUAGCUGCCACUACGGAUAUAUAUGAUCAAGCAAGAGAAAAUUUGCGACCUACACCAGCUAAAUCACAUUACAUUUUCAAUCUUAGAGAUUUCUCUAGGGUAAUACAAGGUUGCGCCUUGCUAAGAAAAGAAUCUGCCGAUAAUAAGAAGACGUUUAUUAAAAUCUGGAUUCAUGAAAUAAUGCGCGUGUUUUAUGACCGAUUAGUUGAUGAUCAAGAUCGCGCCUGGUUCUUCGGAGUACUAAAAAAAUCUACGAGAGAUUUUAUGAAAGAUACAUUUGAAUCCGCUUUGGAAACUUAUCAAGAUGAAAAAGGUGAAGUAAAUCAGGAAAAUAUAAAAAAAAUGAUGUUUGGAUGCUAUUUAGAUACUGACAGCGCAGAAGGAGAAAGACGAUAUGAAGAAAUUCCGUCUAAAGAAGUGUUUCUAAAUAUAGCGGUUUCUAUGCUUUCUGAGUACAACUCUAUGCACAAAGCUAAAAUGACUAUAGUAUUAUUUGAUUAUGCUUUGGAACAUUUAUCGAAAAUAUGUCGCAUAUUGUCAAUGCCAUCGGGAAAUGCUUUAUUAGUCGGCGUUGGUGGAUCUGGCAGACAGUCUUUAACACGUUUAGCUAGUACCAUCUUAGGACAACAAGUUUUUCAACCAGAAAUUACUAAAUCUUACAGCGUAAAAGAUUGGCAUGAUGAUAUAAAGCUAGUGCUCCGAGAAUCUGGUGGCCUCAACAAAGAUACGACUUUUUUAUUUACUGAAAGUCAAAUAAAAGAAGAAUCCUAUAUUCAGAAUUUAGACAGCCUGUUGAACUCAGGAGAAGUGCCGAAUUUGUACGGUUUGGAUGAAAAACAAGAAAUACUCGAAUUGGUGCGCUUAGCCGCUCAAGGAGGUAACAGAAAUUUGGAUAUAAGUCCAUUACAAAUAUUAGCAUUUUUUGUUGGUCGAUGCAAAGCGAAACUUCACAUAGUUUUAUGUUUUAGCCCUAUAGGCAGCUCAUUUAGAACAAGACUACGAUUAUAUCCAUCACUAGUCAAUUGUUGCACUAUUGAUUGGUAUGAUAGCUGGCCAGAAGAUGCACUAGAAAUGGUAGCGCAUCAUUAUAUGGUUAAAGUAAAUGUGCCGGAUCCUGUCAAAUCUUCUGCUGUUAUUGCCUGCAAACAGUUUCAUGUUGAUGCUCGCAUUGUAUCAAUCGAUUUUUUUAAUCAUUUUGGACGUAAAACUUAUAUUACAUCUGCUUCAUACCUUGAUUUAAUUAAAUCUUUUACUACCUUAACGAAUAGGAAACAACGUGAACUAAGAGCUGCCAAACUCAGAUAUACAAAUGGUCUCGAUAAAUUGGGCCAAGCUGCCGAUGCAGUAGCAAUAAUGCAACGGGAUUUGAAUGCUUUAAAACCUCAACUAAUAGUAAUGGCGGAAAAAUCUGCAAAAAUGAUGCAAGAAAUUGAAGUUGAAACAGCUAUUGCAGAUAAAGCCGCUGCACAAGUUAGAGAAGACCAAAAAGUCGCAAAUGUUCAAGCCGCAGCUGCCCAAGAACUGAAAAAAGAUUGUGAAGCUGACUUAGCUCUUGCUUUGCCAAUAUUAGAAGACGCAAUUGCAGCCUUGAAUACUUUGAAACCAGCCGAUAUAACAAUUGUGAAAUCUAUGAAAAAUCCACCAUAUACCGUUAAAUUAGUAAUGGCUGCGGUGUGCGUUAUUAAAGGCAUUCCCCCUGAUAAAAUUCCUGAUCCUGAUAACCCUGGCAAGAAAAUGUUUGACUUUUGGGGACCAAGCAAACGAAUUUUAGGAGACAUGGGCUUUUUAGAUUCUUUAAAAAACUUUGAUAAAGAUAAUAUUCCGGUAGCCACAAUGCAAAAAAUCAGAAAGGAGUAUCUUUCAAACAAAGAUUUCAAACCUCACAUAGUAGCAAAAGCUUCUGCCGCCGCCGAGGGUUUGUGUAAAUGGAUCAUUGCUAUGGAUAUGUAUGAUGCUGUAGCUAAAGUGGUAGCACCAAAAAAAGCAAAAUUAGAAGCUGCUGAAAAAGAGUUUGCACAAACUAUGGCUAUUUUAGAAGAAAAAAAAGCUAUGGUAGCACGAUUAGAAGCCAAGUUGGCUGAACUGAAUGAAGCUUUAGAAGAAGCUAACAUUAAAAAGAAAGCCUUAGAGGAUGAAGUGCAGUUGUGUAUUGAUAAAUUAUUUAGAGCUGAAAAAUUGAUAGGCGGAUUAGGAGGUGAAAAAGUGCGAUGGACUGUAGCAGCUGAAAACUUGCAAACCCUGUAUGAUAAUCUUGCUGGAGAUAUUCUUGUUUCCUGUGGUAUAAUCGCCUAUUUAGCUCCGUACACUUUGCCUAUUAGAAUAGAAAUUAUAGAUAAGUGGCGUGACCUUGUAAUCAAGCUUAAUAUGCCGCACUCUGAGCAAUUUGUUUUUAAGGAUGUUUUGGGCACUGAUAUUAAAAUCCAAAACUGGUGCAUCGCUGGAUUACCAAGAGAUUUAUUUUCAAUUGAUAACGCCAUCAUUCAAGAUAACUCGAUGCGAUGGUCUUUACUGAUCGAUCCUCAGGGUCAGGCAAAUAAAUGGAUUAAAACAAUGGAGAAAACGAAUGAUCUUCAGGUACUCAAAUUCACCGAUGGUAAUUAUAUGAAAGUUAUAGAAACUUGCUUGGAGUACGGGAAACCAGCAUUAAUUGACUGUGUGCUAGAAGACGUGGAAGCUCCAUUGGAUCCAGUGUUACUAAAACUCACUUACCUUCAAGGCGGAAAAGAAUUUAUUGCUCUUGGUGAUAAUGUCAUAGAGUAUCACCCAAAUUUUAGAUUAUAUAUGACAACGAAACUGAGAAAUCCACAUUAUUUACCAGAGAUAUUUAAUAAGGUCACCCUAAUAAAUUUCGCAUUAACAAAAGAUGGUUUAGAAGAUCAAUUGUUAGGAAUAGUUGUUGCAAAAGAGAGACCGGAUUUACAAGAAAAAAGAGAAAAAUUAAUUGUACAGGGAGCAGCUAAUAGAGCUGCACUCAAACAAGUCGAAGAUGAUAUAUUACGAACACUUCAAGAAACGAAAGGUGAUAUUUUGGAGGAUGAGUCCGCAAUUGAAGUACUGGAUUCAUCUAAAAAUCUAGCCAUUGAUAUAAUGAAAAAACAAGAAGCUAGUUUAGAAACAGAAACAAUAAUUGAAAAAUUCAGAUUGGGUUACAGGCCCAUUGCCUCGCAUUCAGCAGUUUUAUACUAUUGUGUGACCGAACUUCCAAACGUGGACCCCAUGUACCAAUAUUCGUUGACAUGGUUUAUUAAUCUUUAUAUUAUAUCUAUUGAAAACGCAAAUAAAUCAAAAGAUCUAGAAAAGCGAUUAAAAUUUCUUAAGGAUACUUUUACUUAUAAUUUGUAUAGUAAUGUAUGCCGUUCUCUUUUCGACAAAGACAAGUUAAUGUUCUCUUUUAUAAUGUGCUCAAAGAUGAUGCUUUCAACUGAGAAGAUGAAUGUUGACGAAUACAAGUUCUUGAUAACAGGUGGUAUAGCUGUAGAAAAUCAUUUAAAAAAACCUGUGGAAUGGCUACCGGACAAAGCUUGGGAUGAAAUUUGUCGGCUGAAUGACUUAAAAGCAUUUAGAGCUUUCAGAGACGACUUUGUUAAAACUAUAAUCAAAUGGCAAGAAGUGUAUGACGACAUUGAGCCACAGAAUAAAACAUUGCCUGGAGGCUGGGAUGAAAGAUUAACCCAAUUUCAAAAACUUCUGGUAGUCAGAGUACUGCGACCAGAUAAAUUAACUAUAGCCGUUUCUCAAUUCCUCGAAAAAGAAAUGGGUCGAAAGUACACUACACCACCUCCUUUUGACAUCAGCAAAUCUUUCGGAGAUUCAAACUGCCUUGCCCCACUUAUAUUCAUACUCUCCCCUGGCUCUGACCCAAUGGGUGCACUGAUCAAAUACUGCGAAAGAAUGGGCUUUUCUCACAGAUUCAAUUCUAUUUCACUGGGGCAAGGUCAAGGACCUAUUGCAAGGGCCAUGAUAGAAAAAGCUCAAAGCGAAGGUGGCUGGGUUUGCCUGCAGAAUUGUCAUUUGGCAGUUUCUUGGCUUCCUGUGCUCGAGAAAAUUGUCGAGGGUUUUGAUUUAACGAACACCGAUCUGAGUUUCAGGUUAUGGUUGACUAGCUAUCCUUCCGACAAGUUCCCUCAGUCUGUCUUACAAGUAGGCGUCAAAAUGACAAACGAACCUCCUACUGGACUUCAACACAACUUGAAUCGUUCAUAUAUUUCAGAACCAUUAAAAGAACCCGAGUUUUAUGAAGGAUGUCCUGGAAAAGACAAAACAUUUAGCAAACUCUUGUAUGGAAUAAGUUUUUUUCAUGCAGUUGUACAAGAACGUAAGAAGUUCGGUCCACUUGGUUGGAACAUUCAGUAUGGAUUCAACGACUCUGAUUUUCAGAUAUCAGUAAUGCAACUGCAAAUGUUUUUAAAUCAAUAUGAAGAAAUACAGUACGUGGCAAUCAAAUACCUCACAGGAGAAUGUAACUACGGCGGACGCGUGACUGAUGAUUGGGAUCGACGUCUAAUCGUAACAAUACUAGAUAAUUAUGUGAAUUCUGGCGUAGUCAACGAUCCUAAUUACUUGUUCUGUGAACUCGGUCAACAGUAUGGCUUACCUCGUCGAUGUGAAUAUCAGGAUUAUUUGAAGCACAUAGAAAGUGUUCCAAUUAACCCACCCCCAGAAGUGUUUGGAUUACACAUGAACGCGGGAAUAACGCGCGACUAUAGUAUUUCCAUGGAACUUACAUCUUCUUUAGUCCUGGUUGAAGGAACAGGUAGUGGUGGAGAAGGGGGUAAUACUGAAACCAUUUUGGUUCUUAUGGCAUCGGAAAUCUUGUCGAAGUUACCUCCCAAAUUUGAUGUUGAAAUAGCACAAAAAAAAUAUCCUGUUGAUUACAAUGAAUCCAUGAAUACUGUACUCAUACAAGAGAUGGAAAGAUUCAAUAAAUUACUAAAUGAAAUCAAAUCUUCAUUACAAGACUUACAAAAGGCUGUAAAAGGUUUAAUUGUAAUGUCCCCAGCAUUGGAUUUACAAUCUAACGCAAUGUUGUUAGGUAAAAUCCCAGAAAAUUGGAGAAAAUUCUCAUAUCCCAGCCUAAAACCUUUGCCAAGUUAUGUGGCAGACUUUAUAGAACGAUUAUCUAUGUUAGAAGAUUGGUAUCAAAAUGGGAAACCACCGACAUUCUGGUUACCUGGCUUCUUUUUCACGCAAGCCUUCCUAACAGGGUCCGUUCAGAAUUAUGCCCGAGCAAAGACGAUACCAAUUGAUUUGCUAGUAUUCGAUUUUGAAAUUCGCAACGUCGACUAUGAAACUACACCUCCAAAAUGGGGUGUUUUUGUUCAGGGUCUUUUCAUGGAUGGCGGUAGGUGGAAUCGUGAGACACAUGCAAUAGCUGAACAACUACCAAAAGUAUUGAACGAUAAUAUGCCCGUAAUAUGGCUCUACCCGAAAUUGAAAAAUGAAUUCGAUGAAGGCACAAGGUACAAGUGUCCUUUGUAUAAGACUCUGGAAAGGAAAGGAGUUUUGGCCACAACUGGACAUUCUUCUAAUUUCGUGUUAGCCUUUUAUUUGCCCUCCGACAAACCAUCUGCCCAUUGGAUUAAACGUAGUGUAGCUUUGCUUCUUCAGUUAGAUAACUAACUUUUAUUAAUAAAAAUAGUGACAAUUUAACUAUCGAGAGGAAAGUUGUUUAAUGUAUUCGUUACGUUUGAUAUGUAGCGCAUAGUUUAAUGAAACGAAGUAUGGGACAAAGGC